AUGUCUUCAAAGAUCCAGGUCUCUAGCGUGCGCACCUCUAUUCGAGGUCUCCUGGCCGACGCGACGGAGAAGAAGAGGAACUUCGUUGAAACCAUUGAGCUCCAGAUUGGGCUCAAGAACUACGACCCCCAGCGUGACAAGCGUUUCUCUGGCACCGUGAAGUUGCCCAAUGUCCCGCGCCCUCGCAUGUCGAUGUGCAUUCUCGCCGAUGCGGCUGACAUCGACCGCGCAAAACAGAUCGAGCUCGAAUACAUGAGCGUUGACGAUCUUAAAAAACUUAACAAGAACAAGAAGCUUGUUAAAAAGUUGGCCAAGAAAUAUGACGCCUUCCUCUCGUCCGAGACCCUCAUCAAGCAGAUUCCUCGUCUCCUGGGCCCCGGUCUCUCCAAGGCCGGCAAAUUCCCUACACCUAUCGGUCACUCGGAAGACCUCUCCAACAAGCUUACUGAAGUCCGUUCUACGAUUAAAUUCCAGCUGAAGAAGGUCUUGUGCCUCGGUGUUGCAGUUGGCCACGUCCAAAUGACCGAGGAUGCUGUUCUUGCCAACGUCAUGCUUGCCAUUAACUUCUUGGUCUCCCUGCUCAAGAAGAACUGGCAGAACGUGAAGAGCUUGCACAUCAAGACGACCAUGGGCAAGCCUGUCCGUCUCUUCUGA